UUCAAGCAGCCGCUGCACUCCAGCGUUUUUUCUGCAUGGGGCUAGCGGGGCAGACCAUGCGCUAGAGGACCAAUGCGCUAGCAGCCGGGCUGUCUGCUGCACGCAAGCCGGGGACCGUUAUUCUGUCCUGAAAGGAGAGCCGGGAAGGAGCAGGCCAGCCCGCGUUCAAAAUGCCACGGUCCUUUUUGGUCAAGAAGCAUUUCAAUUCUUCCAAAAAGCCCAAUUACAGUGAGCUGGAUACUCACACAGUGAUAAUUUCCCCAUACCUUUAUGAGAGCUACCCAAUGCCUGUAAUUCCACAACCAGAGGUCCUGAGUUCAGUCGCUUACAACCCCAUCACCGUAUGGACUACAACGGGGCUGCUGCCUUCCCCCUUACCCAGUGACCUCUCACCUCUCUCUGGAUAUCCUUCGUCUUUGGGAAGAGUCAGCCCACCUCCUCAUUCUGACACUUCAUCCAAGGAUCAUAGUGGCUCAGAGAGUCCCAUUAGUGACGAAGAAGAGAGAAUCCAGUCCAAGCUUUCAGAUCCCCAUGCAAUCGAAGCUGAAAAAUUUCAGUGUGGUUUAUGCAACAAGACCUACUCAACCUUCUCUGGACUGGCCAAGCAUAAGCAGUUGCACUGUGAUGCCCAGUCUAGGAAAUCUUUCAGCUGUAAAUACUGUGACAAGGAAUAUGUCAGCCUGGGAGCUCUUAAGAUGCACAUCAGGACCCACACACUACCUUGUGUUUGCAAGAUCUGUGGCAAGGCCUUCUCCAGACCCUGGUUACUUCAAGGACACAUCAGAACUCACACCGGAGAGAAGCCUUUUUCAUGCCCUCAUUGCAACAGAGCGUUUGCAGACCGCUCUAAUUUGAGAGCACAUCUGCAGACCCAUUCAGAUGUGAAGAAAUACCAGUGCAAAAAUUGUUCCAAAACUUUCUCCCGCAUGUCUCUUCUGCACAAACAUGAGGAAUCUGGCUGCUGUGUAGUACACUGAGUUUACCUGGCUCCAUAAAUUGAUCCAUAACUUUUCAGGAAGAUAAAGAGGCAGCCCUGGAUGCAUUUGAUCUCCAGCUUCCCAGUUCCCCCCAGAAGGAAGAAAAAUCCAAAGUCAGUUGCUUAAGUGUGACACUGUGAUACAAAGGAAGUGCACACUUCUUAAACACAGGAAGAAGCAAAUGCCAAAUGAACACAAGCUCUUGUGCGGUUCUUUUUUAUUUGUUUGUUUUUAUUUUGCUAAGAACACACCGCAGUGCUAAUAUUACAUUCCCACCAGAUGAAGCCUUCCUAAGAAACAUUUUUGCUAUGAAAAUGCGAUUCAAUGUUAAUGUGUGUUUGCCAGAUACCAAAUAUCUACAGGUGCUUUUCUGAGUAUUCCAAAUCAAGUCAGCCUGUGUCUAAUGGGACAGUUUGUUGCUGUUGUUCUAGAAUUGCAUACCUGUUGCCUAAGUGACCUGAAAUGUCUUCAAGCACUCCAUCAUUCAUAGAGGAAGAGAAGAAUGUAUGUCCAAUUGCCAUGUUUUACGACUAUGUGCCUUUGUAAAACUGUCACUGCAGCCAUUCCUGCUGCCUGCUUGAUUCAUAUUUCCUUUUUGUUGUUGUUGUUGUUGUUUUGUGGUUGUUAGCUUGUGUUUUUUUUAAAAAUGGGAAUAAGUGCAAGAGUGAGGGUUAAUGGGAGUUUGACAUGGAAUUCUUAAAAGCUUUUUUUCCUAAAUGCACAAAGGAAAUGCAAUAUCUUGAGUAAUACCCUCCAAGUGCCUUUAUAAAAAAAUAGAUAACUUUUGUUAUACGUAUGUGGACAUAAUGUAAAUAGUUUUAUUUUUAUAUGACUGAAUGUGUCCAGAAUUAAAAUGAACUA